CAAAUGGCAACUUCAUACGCUUUGAGAUAUUACCAACAAUUACAUCGUGUCAACCGUUACGGAACUCUGAAACAUUAAUUCUUACCAAAAACGGUAUUAAGGUGAUAAAUUCAAAUUUGCCAGAAAUGGAUAGUUAUUUCUCCGACGGGAACACCACGUCUCUGAUUCUAGAUUUGGUUCUAGAAAAGAGCCAGAAGGAGUUGCGAACGAAUGAUUUGGUUCCCUUCUGGUGGUGUGUCGAAGGAUUUUGGAAGUUUAUCGUAGGAGCCGGGAAAUGCUUCUACUUAGUUAGUCCGAGUGAUACUUCAUUUAAGUCUCCUGAAGAUGUACCUAAUUACUUCAGGCAGGCAUGGCCAUAUUUUAUUUUACUGAUUCUUGCUGAAAAUGUAAUGUUAUGGUUUGAGAGACAUUCUGAUCACCAUGAUGAAAAUGGUAACAAGAUGAUGUCCAAAAGCAAAAAUAAAGAUCUGAAUACUGGACCUCAAGCUGCUGCACCAGCAAGACUGAAUGAUAGUAUAACCAGCAUCUCUCAUGGCCUAAUGCAAGAAUGUGGGAGAAUGUUAUUUCGAGGAGCAGAGAGUGCAACAUACGUUUGGAUAUAUAAUAGGUUUAGAAUUAUCGAUUUGCAAUGGGAUAAUCCAUUAACUUGGUACGUAGCAGCUAUUUCUGUGGAUUUUGGUUAUUAUUGGGUACACAGAGCUAGCCAUGAAGUUCACAUAUUAUGGGCUCAACAUCAAGUCCAUCACAGUUCUGAAGAAUUCAACUUAACCGUCGGUCUCAGACAAUCGGCUAUGCAAGGAUGGUGUGGUUUUAUAUUCUAUUUGCCAUUGGCGUUAGUAGUUCCGCCUGCACACUUUUUAGCACAUCAACAUUUCAGUAUCAUGUACCAGUUCUGGAUUCAUACAAAAGCAGUAAAAACGUUAGGACCUUUGGAAUGGGUUUUAAAUACUCCAAAACAUCAUCGAGUUCAUCACGGUAGUAAUAUUUACUGUUUGGAUAAAAAUUAUGGAGGCUUUUUGAUAAUUUGGGAUAGAUUAUUCGGAACGUUUGCAGAAGAGAAAUCUGACGAGGAAAUUGUUUACGGAUUAGUUUAUAACCAACCUUCAUUUAAUCCUCUGCAUUUACAGUGGUUUUACACAAAGUACGUAGUUACCCGUUUUCGUUCUUCCAAAAACUGGCCCCACAGAUUUGCUUCUCUGUUUUAUGGCCCAAGUUGGGCUCCUGGAGCACCACGCCUCGGCCGAGAAGAAGAUAAAGUAAAAGUGGUACCCCGCCCAAAAUAUGAUGUAAUUUUGCCAACAAUAGUCAAUAUUUAUCUUGCUGGACAUUUUGCACUAGUUCUGUAUGGAUUUCAGGAACUGAGCAUCAAGCAUAUGACCAUGUCUCCAAGUGCCGUCUUAAUUUGGGUCAUCUACAUCUUGAUAUCGGUGACUUCCAUCGGUAUGAUGUUAGACGGUGCACCUGGUGCACCUUUAUUGGAAACUGUUCGCUGCCUCUGGCUAGCCGUGUAUCUGGAUCAAACUCAAUUUUUGUUAAAAUUCCUAUUUUUGAUUUCUUCGGCUACAUGGGCAUGGUUUAGUUGUCAUAAUACUAUACGGGCGAAGAAAAUAUGUGCAGAUUGAAAAUUUGGCAGAAAUAUUAUAAAAAAUAGUACCUAUAAUGAUGGAGAUAAAAAUGUGAGGUAAUACGAGUAUAAAUUUACUUUGCGACGCCGUUGCACAUUCUAACAAACCAUUAUCAGAACCAAAGGAUAAUAAUUUAAAAAAAAUAUAUCCGAUAAUUAU